GGGGCGGGCCGGUCGGCGAGCGGGCGCGGCGGCGCACCGAGGAGCGGCGGAGCGGAGCCCGCCUGUGCAGGUAUGCAAAGAAGCCUUUUUACACAGAUGUCCUUAGAGAUAAUAUGGAUCAGUCCGGAGUUCUCCUCUGGGUGAAAGCAGAACCCUUUAUAGUGGGCGCCUUACAGGUCCCCCCUCCAUCCAAGUUCAGUCUUCACUACCUCAGGAAGAUAUCCACCUAUGUGCGAACCCGGGCCACAGAGGGAGCUUACCCACGCCUGUACUGGCCAACGUGGAGGCACAUUGCAUGUGGGAAGCUGCAGUUGGCUAAGGAUCUGGCGUGGCUUUACUUUGAAAUAUUUGAUAGUCUUGCAGUGAAGACAGCGGAAGAGCGCCUGGAAUGGUCUGAGAUUCUAUCCAACUGCACAUCUGAGGAUGAAGUCGAAAGGCAGAGAAAUCAGCUUUCAGUGGACACCCUACAAUUUCUGCUCUUCUUAUACAUACAACAGUUAAAUAAAGUCUCCCUGAGGACAUCUUUGAUUGGAGAAGAGUGGCCUAGUCCCAGAAACAGAUCUCAAUCUCCUGACCUGACAGAAAAAUCCAGUUGUCAUAAUAAGAACUGGAAUGAUUACAGUCACCAAACGUUUGUCUAUGAUCAUCUGUCAGAUCUCCUUGAGCUGCUUUUAGAUCCAGAACAACUCACUGCAUCAUCUCAUUCGACUAAUAGUAGUCUAGUCUCUAGAGAAGCUGUGGUGGCACUCAGCUUUCUUAUUGAAGGUGCAGUGAGGAGAACCAGGAAGAUAUACCCACUUCAUGAGCUUGCACUGUGGCAACCACUACAUGCAGAAAGUGGCUUCUCAAAGAUUUCUAAGACCUUUUCUUUCCAUAAGCUGGAAGCCUGGUUGAGAGCCUGUUUGACUGGGAAUCCUUUUGGUACCUCUGCUUGCCUCAAGUCUGGAAAGAAAUUGGCUUGGGCUCACCAAGUUGAAGGGAUGACCAAAAGAGCUAAGAUUGCUUGUAAUACUCAUGUGGCCCCUAGGAUGCAUCGCAUGGUGGUGAUGAGCCAGGUUUACAAGCAGACACUGGCCAAGAGCUCAGAUACUCUGGUGGGGGCACAUGUAAAGAUUCAUCGUUGCAACGAAUCUUUUAUAUAUCUGCUCUCUCCCUUACGGUCUGUGACAAUUGAGAAAUGCAGAAAUAGUACCUUUGUUCUUGGCCCUGUACAGACUGCUCUUCACCUCCACAGCUGUGACAACAUUAAAGUCAUUGCCGUUUGUCAUCGUUUGUCCAUCUCUUCUACAACAGGCUGCAUCUUUCACAUUUUGACACCUACACGCCCACUCAUUCUCGCUGGGAACCACACAGUAACUUUUGCCCCUUUUCAUACCCAUUACCCAAUGCUGGAGGACCAUAUGGCCAAAACUGGCCUUGCUACGGUGCCUAACUAUUGGGAUAAUCCAAUGAUUGUGUGCAGAGAGAACAGAGACACAAGUGUCUUCCGACUCUUACCACCUUGUGAAUUCUAUGUAUUUAUUAUUCCCUUUGAAAUGGAAGGGGACACAACAGAGAUACCUGGGGGUCUUCCAUCUUCAUAUCAGAAAGCACUGGGUCAUAGAGAACAGAAAAUACACAUCUGGCAGAAAACUGUGAAGGAGGCUCGUUUGACAAAGGAUCAAAGGAAGCAGUUCCAGGUGCUUGUGGAGAAUAAGUUUUAUGAGUGGUUGAUUAAUACAGGACAUCUCCAACAGCUGGACAGCCUUGUGCCCCCUGCAGCAGGUUCCAAACAAGCAGCAGGAUAAGACUCCUACAUCAAAACACUGGGCCUUGGAAACAUGAAUGGAAGCUAUUCAUUGGGAAGGUGCUCUUGCUACUUUAAAUGACUUUGGGGCUUUCUCUUCCUUGAUUUCCAUUCUAUACUCAUUUAUUACCAUUUCAGUUGAAUUUUAGGUAAAAUGACUACCAUAUAAAUGUACUGUUUAUAGAAUAUCAGAAGAUUCAUCUUUGUGAUGCCAAAAUGAAAAGUUGAUGAAGUCAGUCCCAUUGUAUGUAUGUUCAUAUUACAGUGAUUGAAUGUAGAUUUAAAAGUUAACUUCACAUUUUAAUUUGUCUGAUAAAAGGGUUUCAGCCUUUCUGGUGUUAAGAGUUCUAUAGUUCCUUGUAACUAUUUAAGAGGAAAUAGCUACUUUCUUAAAAAAUAAUUGGAAAGAAAGUAUGAUUGUUGGUAUAUAAAUAUAGCAGAGAUAGUUUUUUAUACAAAGACAUUUUAGUCCUUAAAGUAUGAAACUUAAUGAAACUGUAAAAUCUUUUUUUUUCAUUUUUUGCUUCAGAUUUUCAAUAAACAAAGCUCUAAAAAGUAAUUUUCUCCUUUUGAUAAAAAGUUAAGCUUCACUUUUAACUUUUGAAAAGGUUCCCAAUGUUAUUCUGUGAUAUCAAAAUAAAGUUUACAUUUGAUUGGGAAAGCUGUGUUCUUUAAGAUAAUGUAAAACAAUUAUCAAGUUAGUAAAAUGAAUCUGGUUGCUGAUAAAUGUUGUUUUAUCUGCUUAUUGACUAUUUAAUUAGUAAUUAUAUUAAAAAAAAGGGCUUGAUCUUUUAUUUCUAAAAUGAAAAUUAAACCUCGGACUCUGUUAAUUCUAA